CAAAUUUGAGAAUUUGUGUAAAUUUAUGUACUGAAUUUAUGUAAUUUAACCAAUUUGGGUUACUUAUAUUGGAAUUUCACAUAAGUUACGUACCAUUAGCUAAAAUUAACAAACGCAACUUCUGUUUCCUUCAAGCUUCUUCCUCGUUCCCCAAAAACCAACCACAGGUGAAAACCAAUGUCGGCUCACGGCAAUAGAUUUCUGUUAACAAACGGCGUCGUUUUGCCGUCAGCGGACACUCCUCCAGUCGCGGCUUUUCUUGAAGCUCAUCCAGGUGCAUACACGACCACUCGUACCCACAAAAACGGCUCAAAAAUCUUAUUUUGGGAAAGGCAUCUACUCAGGCUAUCCAAUUCCUUCAUGUUAUUGUUAAAAGACAGCCCCAAAUUCGUACUCCGAGAUCACGAGAACCUCGCGCCCCAAUUUUGGGAGCUUUCGAGCCGAAAAAUGACGUGGGACUCGUUGAUUAGGUGUUUAGUCAAUGAUUCUAUGGGAAAAAUGAUGCCUUUUGCUUUGAGUGAGAGAAAAUCUGGGGAAGAAUUGGCAGUCACGACUCUUUUGAGUGGGAAUAAGGAGAAUUUGCAACGUUUGAACUGUGAUUAUAGUGAUGGAGAUAUUUCUAAGGCUUUGGAUGUCUAUUUACAUGUAAGCGGAUAUGUUCCUCCGGUUUUUGGUGUGUUAGAGAAUGCGGCUCGUCUGGCAGUGGUUGGCCGUGGAAGGAAUUUUGCGGGUGCAAAGUAUUCAGAAUGGGUCAGGCUAAGGAAGCAUUUGGAGAAACUGAGACCACCUUCUGUUACCGAACUAUUGUUAUCGAAUGACGGUGAUCGGAUUUUGGAAGGCAGUUUGACAAACUUUUUUGUUGUCUGUCUCAAGUAUUUAAAUGCUGAUGACAAAAUUGCUCUAUCUGUAAACUGUUUUCUGUUGAUAAUCAAGAGUGUCAAUAUUCUUAUGAACCUACUUACAGUUUCCCCAUCAUGGUCAGAGCGUGACUUGUGGACUGAAGCAUUUAUCACGAAUAGUCUUAGGAUUUUACAACACGUGGAGUCAAUCCGAGCUCCUAAUGUGUGGAAAUGUAUCGAAUCAAAGACUUGGGAGGAGAUAAAAUGGGUCGAGAAACAAUUUGAGGGUGGCCCAGGGAAGAUUACAUCAAUGUUGCAGCCUGUCGCCUGGCUUAUACACUCUGAGGAGAAGAAGAAAUUGGAAAGANCAGAAAUGGGGUCUUCAUUUCAAGGUGCGAACAUGACAGCAAAGGGGGUUUACAGAAGCCUUCUGAAAGCGGUGAGGAAACAUGUCGGAAAAGACGAACACAAAGCUCAUUUCACAGAUUUCGUCAAGCAGGAAUUUAGAAGGAAUAUUGACUCUGAAAACCCGCCUAAUCUCAAGCUCGCUCAUGAUUACACUUUCUAUCUUAACAGCGUUCACCAUCACAAGGAGCUGCUUUUCUCUUACAAUAUUGCGGUGGAUAGGUCUGACGAAAUGAAAAAAGUGCUCGGAAAAUCUGCCGCUAGUGUGGGCCUCCAGCUUCCUGAUGUCUAUCAGCCCUGAUAAGAGGUUCAUAUGGAAAAUUCGGUCUGAUCAGAUCAACUAUGUGCUUAUGUUUCAAUUCACACUCAUUUUCUGUAUCCAAAGUUGGAUUAUCUUAUCUUUCAAUUCGUCAAACAUGCUCUUGAAUGUUGUUGAGAAAAGAAUACCAUUGCUUGAGUUUAGCUUAAAAGUUGGAAUCUCUCCAUGGACAGCAUCAAUAGAUAGGGGAAUAGUUGGAAAACCAUUGUCUUUUCCUCUUUCAUUAGCAUACAUCUGUGUCUUAUUAAGGGUUGUUUGCAAUUGAAAACACUAUAGAAAUUGGGAACAUGUCUGUUUUUGUUUUUGUUUUCAUAUCGUUUAUCAAUGCUGGUUUCCAAUUCAACAAUUGAAAUGUACAAUUGUGUCCCGAAAUUUUAAAUUUUGUUAACUGAUUUUUGCUGGAGUGUUUCUUUUCACUGAACAAGAUCUGUUUCAUGUAUACUACACGAGAUCUGGAAACGAG